AUGAGUCCCUCUGCUGUCCGUCCAAACUCCUGUCGUCGGGGCCGAGGUUGGCAGUACCUGGUCGACUGGGAGGGCUACGGUCCGGAGGACCGAACCUGGGUCCCUGGUUCUUUUAUUUUAGAUCCUGCUCUGAUUGACGACUACCACCCCUCCCGGCCUUCGGGUUCUUUGGACCGCCAGGUGGCGGUCGUUGAGGGGGGGUACUGUUGGGAUCCGGAGGCUUGUCCACCAGAGGGCACCAAAGAUCUUCCUGCUGAGGGCAUGUUCCACUGGGAGGAGGCCCAGAGGGAGACCCAGGACACACUGGAGGGACUAUGUUUCUCGGCUGGCCUGGGAGCGCCUUGGGAUUCCCCCGGAGGACUGGUCCAAGUGGCUGAGGAGACCGGACCCCAGAUAAGUGGAAGAUGAUGGAUGGAUGGAUGGAUGGAUGGAAUGAAUAUGAAAUUAAUCAUUUUACCAAUUGGGUGUUUAGGUGUGUUGGUGCGUUAAGAGUUUAGAAAACCUGUUAAAUGCAUUGAAACCUCUGUCAUAGCGAUUUUAAAAACUGUAAAAACAUUAAAUGAAUCUGAUGUGUUGUGUUCAUGAAGCACAGUGACAGCAAUGAGUGCAUAUCAGUGUACACUGCUCUUGAUAGGGACUCUUUGCCACUCAUUUCUAUGGCCCUAACCCGUACUGUAGGCCUAACUAUUUCUAACACAUGCCUAACCAUAAACCUAACCUAAACUCCAUUCACACAUUAGGCUUAAACAUAACUCUGAUCCCAAGAAUGGAAAAUUUCAUCAAGGAAAUGUCAUCCCCACAAGUACAUAUACAUCUCCUACAUGUAAUAUAUUUGUCGGAAAUAGUCCUCACAAGGUAACAAAUCUAUGGCCACACACACACAC